UCUUGCCGUGGCGAGGGGGCUUAAAUGGUGUCAUGGUAUAACUCACAGUGUGAAUUGUAUCAUGCCUCCAUGAACUAAGAGGGAAGCCUGGUAUUGAAGCCUUCGGCAAUAUUCCUUAACAAUCCAAGCUGGAGUGUUGUUUUUAUUGCUGAAGGUGGAAAUGGCAGGAUUACCGUACCAACACUACCCAAGCCAAGGUGUGUAGGCAACCGUGCCGAUGGAUGAAUGGCCAGCGGGUAGUAAAAAAUGGCUGGUCGCGUACGGUCCCCUCCGAUGCCCGGGCAAGGUCGGUUGUAAGAAGUGCAUUCUCUAUGCAUACCGGCUCUGCGGACGAGCGACUAACCCUUUCCGGACUACUCGUGGGACCACAUAUGGAACAAAAACAAACAAAAACAAACAAACAACAACAACAAACAAACCAACAACAGCAAUAGGAACAGCGUACCAGCGAAGAAGGGGACGACGUAACGAUGUCAGAGGAGGAGCAGCUCCUCAAAUCCCCAAGGUCAGGUAAGAUGGUUGCAAGUACUCCUGGUGGCGCCAGCCAUAGUACCCCAGUUGUACAAGAGCCAGAAACCAGCAGGGUGGAAGAUGCCAGACAAAGUAUCACCACUCUGCAAAUAGUCAAAAAUAGCACCGGUAGUGCCUGCCGUAGUACUCCUGACGAGCAGCCAACAACCAGCAAAUCGGCGGCCGUUGCAGGCAGCAACCCCGCCUCUAAGAAAAGAAAACCCUCGGGCGUGGUCAUGAGACAGAUGUACCAGAAGGCGCUGUAUAUGUUAAAUAAAAUUGACAAAAAUGCAGCGGCCGGUACGGUACAUGAGCGUGACGAGGAAGACAAGGCAAAAUACAGGCAAAUAGUGGAAGAGUACGAAAAGUUACAGACAGAUCGUGCAGCCACAAUCGAGGCCACCGAAGCGAAGAAGCGGAACCGCUCUCAUAACGAAGGCGGCCAAGGGGCCAUCGCAAAGAAGGCUAAGCAAGGUGGUGAUGCGGAGUCCGCAGCACCCGCGAAGCAUCGCUAUUUUAGUGACGUCGCCAGAGAUCAUCUACAGGCGGCGAUAAUAGAUGAAAACAGCAAGACACCGCUAGCAGUGCAGCAAAAAUGGGUGGAGAUUGAUGUGAGGCUAUCGAGCCUCGUAAUGAACCACGUACUCGACAACCCCGAAGGUCCUCACCCAGAGUUCGACUCGUCGGAAUCCCUACGGGGAUACCGGGUAGUCAAGUGCGCGAACCAGUUCUCCCUGGAUUUCCUUGCUGGAUGCGUCGCUAAGAUCAGCGACACUUUUGUCGGCUUGAAGCUCAAGCUGAUCCCAGCUAAGGACAUUCCAAGGAGACCACGUGCGCGCAUUUGGCUGCCUCCGAUGGAUGAACCAGGCGAAAAGUUGCUGCGGUGUCUUAAGCUACAUAACAAAGACAUACCGGCGAUCGAGGAAUGGGAACUUAUAAAAGUUGAAGAGCCAAGAAGGCCUACAAAUAAGCCCAUUCUACUAGCUAUUUGUGCAGAGUCACUAGACGCCUUAGAGAAGGCUGACUAUCGGCUCCGCUUCGGUAUCCGUAAGGCUAGAGUGCGGGUAUUCCUCGGAGAGGUUAGCCCGGUAGAAGAAGAUCCCGGGGUUGAUGGAGCUGGUGAGCUUCUCAUGGGUGUGAAGCUGACAGAUGACCCUGAACCAGAAACUUAAAGUAGCCCAAAUAAAUCUGCAGCACUCCAAAUGUGCUACAGAUAAUCUAGUUGUCCUUCUCAGUGAGGAGGAUAUAGACAUUAGCCUAAUUCAAGAGCCCUGGGUCAAGCACGAUACAAUCAUGGGACUAAAUAUAAAUAAUUAUAAACUCUACUAUAAGAGCGAGCACAUCAGAUACAACAAUGGUUAAGGUGGAGACCACCGGACAGCCAAGUAUACUCCUGGUCUCAUCAUACAUGGCCCACGAUAGGGACAGUCCGCCAACCGAAAUCCAGGAGAUAAUAGCCAAAAACCCCAGACAAAUUAUAGUCGUCGGCUGCGAUGCGAAUGCAAGGCAUCCAGUUUGGGGUAGUUCUACGGAGAACGACCGA